AUGGGAUCCAUUUCUGGCACUGCCCGCCACCAGUUCGACAACAUCUACGAGGGCAUCUACAACGGAGCGGGCUUGGACAACAAGCCAUGGCUCAGUGUCCUGGGGAACCAUGACUGGGGAGGCAGGCAGUUCUACAACGGCUGGGACCAGCAAAUCGCCUACACCUGGGCCAGCCCACGGUGGCGCAUGCCGGCCCCGUACUGGUUCCAGCACGUCGAGUACCCAGACCUGGGCUUCGACGUUGACAUCAUCAUGCACGACAGCAACGCCAUGGAUGCAAAGGACCCAGGAGAAGAUCCGGAUCACAACAUGUGCAGCCGCAAGUACAACCGGCCGGACGCCAGCUGCGCCUCAACUGGCGGACCUGCCUCGGUCGAUUCCUGCAAGGACUGGUUCUGGGCCCUCUACGCGGAGCAGAAGCCCUGGGUGGAAUCGAAGCUGUCGGGCUCCCGCGCCACAUGGCAGAUCAUGGUCACACAUUUCCCUUGCGGCCACGACUCUGGGUGGUAUCGCUCGCUUCACACCGCGCAUGGCUUGGACCUGCUUGUGACAGGACACCGCCACGACCAGGAGCUGGGAUCGAACUGGGGAGCACUUGGGGGCAUGAUGUGCAUCGUCACCGGCGGCGGGGGCGGAAUCACUUCGGAAGCCUCGCCCUGGGAUAAGUCGCACUGGUAUGGCGAGGGCCAGUAUGGCUUCUACGACUUGACGAUCUCCAAGUCCAAGAUCUUCAUCGAGUCGAUCAACUACGACGGGAGUGUGCUGAAGAGCGCCACCGUCUACCCCAAGUAG